UUUUAUUUUUUAUUUAUUUUUUAUUUUUUAUAUAUUUUAUUUUUCUUCAACACUUCUAAGCUCCCUUUCUCGCUUGCAUCCUUGAAAAGAGCUUAUUCCUUGAGCUUUGUUUAUGCUGCUAUUCUGAUAGCAAGGCAAGGUGGAUGGAUAACUACCAAGCUCGAGGCGGUGAGAAAUAUCGCACGUCUGAGAGAUCAAACACAAAGCCGAACCAUCCAGUCAUCUGCUGUGUUCCCAUUUGUAUGUAUGUCAUUCUGCGCGCAUUCAUGUGGUGGGCGAUUCCGGGUAAAAUCGGCGAAUGUCCUUAUAUGCUGUUCAUCAAGCUGUGUGACAGGAAAUGAACAGGCAGAAAUACGAGGGUGACUUUGUGGGUGUGAAUAUAAAACUGGAAAGAGUUAGAGGAGGACAAUAGUUUCAUGCCGGAGUUUAUAGCAAUGGAUUUAUAUCAUAUCAAUUCCCCUGGUCUUUCUGGUUCACACGGAAAUCUGUUUGUUCAUUCCAAGUUAGUAAGCAGAUGGCAAAGGCAUCGGAUGCGUUCGAGAUGACCUCUAUCUCCUUAAGGGAGCUGCGAUUUAAAUGCCGGUGUAGCUAGACCAAGAUGCAGUGUUGCAGGGGAACUCGGGAAGUGUUAUUUAUUGAAGCUCAUGCAUGCUUUGAACUAUCACUCCUUGCUGCAGGCAGCCUGCUGAGAAACGAACGCUCGUUGUUGCUUUUUCUGUGUUCGCAAAAUCUCGAAGAUAGUUGUCUGGUUCGUUCCAUCUCGUUUGUCUCAAAGACGGCUGAUUCUAAAUAUUAUAUGAGAAGUGGUUCAGGUACAACCCUAAUACAGUUUAGCGUACCCCGGAUUUUAAGUUCAUCCGCGACAGUUAGGGUUACCGCUUAGCGCCUUGGUCUUAACUUUUUUAGGAUUAGUGUGGUCAAGAAAUUGAUUCUGCCGAGGGUCACCGCCCUAUGAUGCAUUCUUUGUCGGGCUUCAGAGUGGGCGCAAUGGGGGCUGUUUUCACCCCUGACGGUGAAUAUCUCGCCCGUGAUCUAAUAUUAUAUCGUGUUACUGUGCCAGCAUGAUAAUAUUAUACCAUUUGACACUUAUAUCCCAUACCCCUCGUUUUUAUCAAGCAUUUUUACGUUCUUUAAUUAUAUAAUCCAUCCUCCGUACUCAUCAGUAGUGACUACCUUUGACCUCCUCACCUAAUUUGACCUGACCGUAAACCAUGGCUCCUCCUCGUCAACGAACCGCUACGAAUCCUGAAGAUUCGAGGUCAGAGGCCUCUAGCAGCACGAGAGAACGACAUCCAACGAGUACCAAGGGUCGUAGACAGCCAAACAUCGCUGCUCUCGGCAGCUCAAUGUCAUCCAGGGAUAUGAAAAUUGCUGCUGCUGUUACGGCAGCUGGCAGUCACGAUGCGGGAACUGAGAACUCGACAGAGCCCGUUGGAAUAAAUUGGUCAAGCAUGCCACUCUCCGUUCUUCACCAGUACCGUCAUGCCUACAACCUCCCUUGUGCUAGCGCCUACUCAUCUCAAAUAUCCUCAAUAAUUCUAAGUCAAGGAAUUGGUCUCCGUUCCCCGACAACGAUAGCUGCUCGGCGCGCCCAGCUUGCCGCACGGCGCAAAACUGUUGAAGAUGGAAGUGUCUCCCGGUCUUCCAAAAAGGAUGAUAUUACGAAUAAUAAAUCGCUCGACGGAGAUAAUAGCAGUAGCGCGCCAGGCAUGGAUUUGCAUCGUAUUUCUACUGUUCGCGGCCAGGGAAAGGUAACGAAAGAUCAGCUUGCCACGGCGGUGAGGAAGCAUUUUAAUAACGUGGGGCUUGUAGAGCAGGAUGCCAUUGCAAGGUUCUUGUAUAAAGUCCGCGAAGAGGGGAAGGGUCACGAAUUUCGUCUGCGGUUCCAACCAUGAAAAUGGCGUUGGAGGGAGUGCAACCUUUUCUUCCGGUUCCCUUCUCUUUUGGCAUCUUUGUUGGGCUUUUUCCUUGACGAACACAUACCCCUUGUUUAAUUUGGGCUUUGAAUAAUGUUCUUGCUUUCUAUCCUUAUGUGUGCUAUCUUCGGUGUUGGGCGUGCGCUUUCCAGGAGUUGGAUCACUUCCCUUGGCUUUUUCAUAGGUUCUCCUUAUCCUAUAAUUACCUAUUUUUGAUUAAUUCAAGAUGAACUUGACUGUCCAUCCGUGUCGCUGUCUUGUACGCAUACCCUCAAUUGGCGUAGGGGUGGUCAUCGCCUGUGAUAUGGAGCGUUGCGCAAGGACAGUCCUUUAUUCCUCUUAUCUCCUGACCCGUUUUAUCAUACAAAUAUGCCAUUCUCUCGACUUUGGGGUUUAUAAGGGGAAUCACGACUUAAUUGCAUAUCUACGGACAGAGUUUGGUUCUACACAGCAAACCUUUGCAUUGUGUAUACGCUUUGGGAGAGCUUCUCCUCCGGCAUAACAGUCCAUGAGAACUAUGUCAAUGAUAUCAUUCAGCUUAAUCUGUAGAAUACAUAUCUAUCCACCUCUAUUUUCGACUUUUGAACGUUGAAGCGGACAAGUGGUAUAUAACGCCAUUGGCCAAGCAAAACACCCCUUCCGAAUAUCCGCACUCAUUUCUAUUUCUAUUUCCUUUUUUCCCAAGGCAGUACAAAUACGAACUGGAAAUAUAUAUGGAUGGUAUCAUACAUAACCUCCCUAAACACUAUGCGACGAUGCAGUAUGCUCAACAGAACUGCCAGGUUUUUGCUCAUGUACAUAUUUCUUACUCCUACCCCAUUUUAAGAUAGAAAUGCUCGCCCUUUUCGAGAACCUUGAGCUCAUCUCCGACGCGAAGUGUGAAUUCUGCAUAUUUAGCGUUAACCUCUUGC